AUGAUUGCCAAAGCAUUGACUCGGUACAAAACGCCCCUUGCACAGGUGACUGUAGUCGGACUCGUGUUCUUCGCUACCGUAGGUUUAUUCUUAUCCGCCUCGAACUUGGGUGCGGGCGGGACGCAAGAUAUCACCCUGGCGGAUAUAUCAAACGGCGUUCUGUACGGUUGUCUUGCAUUGAUGGGAUUCUUUGCGGGCGGCGUGACGAACCUGCUGGGCCCACGUAUCACCAUGCUACUAGGCACGCUGGGAUACAUUCUCUACAUAGGAUCUCUUUGGUGCUUCCAGAUCCAAGGAACACGAUGGUUCGUCAUCUUUGCCGGAGCUAUUCAAGGCGUAUCAGCUGCUUUGCUAUGGUCGGCGCAAGGCGCAAUCAUGAUGUCGUACCCGCUCGAGAAAGAUAAAGGCAAAGCAUUUGCUCUCUUUUGGGCUCUUUAUCAGUCGGGAUCGCUCGUUGGGUCCGUCAUCUCUCUUGCUAUCACCGUGCGCUCGGGCGAGCUCUCAGCGGUAUCGACUGGAACGUACCUUGCGUUCAUCAUCAUUAUGUUCUUCGGUGCCGCCCUGACGCUGCUGCUUCUUUCUCCCACGGCUGUCGCUCGCGGCGACGGUAGUACCACCGUCGAGGUUCAGAAGGUCUCCGGUCCCAUGGAGGAGAUUAUGGGUCUAUUGGAUAUUGUGAAGGAUUGGCGUAUUCUUGCCUUGAUACCAAUGUUCUUCGCCUCAAACUUCUUCUAUGCCUACCAGGGCGCGAUCAAUACGUUCUACUUCACGGGUCCGACACGGGCGCUCAAUGCAACGCUCGAAGGCGCCGGCGGUAUCAUCGGUGCACUGCUCAUAGGCAUCUUCGUUCUCGACUCAACACGCUUCAAACGUCGAACACGAGGGUAUCUUGGGCUUUCUAUCGUCGCGAUCUGCAUGAUCGUUGUCUGGUCAUGCGCCCUAUCAUGGCAGAUAACCUUCACUCGCGAAAGCACCGUGCAAAAACUUUCGUACCGUGACCGGACCUAUGGAGCGAAAGGCGUGCUCUUCUUUUUCUUUUUCUUCUGCAACGCGACAUAUCAGGCUCUCACGUACUGGAUCAUGGGCGCUAUCACAAACGACCCUCGCACGCUAGCGAGGUAUGCUGGCUUUUACACCGCCAUUCAAUCCUGCGGGUCUGCAGGUGCAUAUGGGAUGGAUGCCACUGCGACUCCUUUCCUAACUGAACACCUCGUGAGCUGGGUCAUUGUCCUCGUUUCGCUACCCUUGGCCGGGCUGGUCAUAUUCACCGUCCGCGACACUUCGUACCAGCGCGAAGAACCGACAUUCGACGUUGAAAGCUCGGAUAAGACGAUCGGAGAGGGUACAGACAACAGUACUUCGGAGCUUCCACAGCUGGAGAAGGAGUAG